AUGAGUAAAUUGAUGAAAUCAAUAAUGAUAGAAUAAGAUGUUGACCUGUAAUGUUCAAAGAAACACAAAUCACCAAUACAAAUGGUUGUUUUUGAUUAAAAAUUGACCAAUAAUGAGAGGCUAUUAUGUUCUGAUUGUUUAGAAGAUUUUGAAUCCAAUGUCAAAAUGGUAGGUUUAACAAAGGUUUUAUAAUUAAUUGAUGAUAAAUAGAUUAAAUAAAUAGAAUAUAAGCAAAAUUUAAUAGAAAAUAACAUUGAAUAAAUUUAAAUGAUAUAAAGAAGCUUUAUUGAAAUAAAAUCUAAUUUUAUUUCAAUUAUUGACUCAUUAAUAGGAAAUUCUGAAGAAUGGAUCAAAGUUCUUAAUCAGAUUGGAGAAUAAACUGUAACUUAUAGUUUCUUUGAUGAAAUAGAACUACUUAUAUAAAAUUAACAUAAAAAUGAAUAAAAUUAAGAAAUUUUAAAGGAAAUUAAAUAAAUUAAUCAAUCUUGGAUUACUAAAACUACUCAAAAAAUUUUAAACUUUAAUUCAAAUUACAAAUUGCUCAUAACAGAACUAAAAAAAUAAUUGUAGAUUCUUAUUCAUAACUAAGUUAAAGAAGAAACUUAAGAGAUUAAAUAAUUAAUCGAUGAUCCAGUUAAUCUUAAAUUAAUUAAUAAUAAAUCCUAUUAAUAUGAUGAUUGCUUUGCAAUUUCAUUCAAUAAUAUUGGAAAUCUUAUGAUUUCUGGAAGUGGAAAAGAUAUUAAAGUUUGGGACUUUUAAAAUGAUAAAAUUAAAGAAGUUUUGAAAUUGAAAGGACAUACUGAUACAAUUAGAUGUCUUACAUUCGCUAAUUCGAAUAAUAGUUUCAUUUCUGGUUCUGGAGAUUUUUCUAUUAGAUGUUGGAAACAACUUAAUUUUAAAUAAUGGAAAUCAUCUUAACCAUAUUAAGAUCAUACUGAUUAAAUUGAAUGUAUUUUAUUAAGUAAAGAUGAGAGGUAAUUAAUUUCAAGUAGUUAAGAUAAAUCAAUUAAAAUUUGGAAUUUCGAUAUUAAUAAUAAUGAACUCAAAUUAUAGUAAUCAUUAAAUGAAAGUAAAUGUUGUUUAAAUAGUAUAACAUUGAAUUUUUCUGAAACUAGUUUAGUUGCUUGUGGGGAUGAUAAAUAAAUUUUAAUAUGGUUAAAGAACAAGUCUAAUUAAUGGGAAUAUUUAAAUGUUGUUANUAAGAUGUUGACCUGUAAUGUUCAAAGAAACACAAAUCACCAAUACAAAUGGUUGUUUUUGAUUAAAAAUUGACCAAUAAUGAGAGGCUAUUAUGUUCUGAUUGUUUAGAAGAUUUUGAAUCCAAUGUCAAAAUGGUAGGUUUAACAAAGGUUUUAUAAUUAAUUGAUGAUAAAUAGAUUAAAUAAAUAGAAUAUAAGCAAAAUUUAAUAGAAAAUAACAUUGAAUAAAUUUAAAUGAUAUAAAGAAGCUUUAUUGAAAUAAAAUCUAAUUUUAUUUCAAUUAUUGACUCAUUAAUAGGAAAUUCUGAAGAAUGGAUCAAAGUUCUUAAUCAGAUUGGAGAAUAAACUGUAACUUAUAGUUUCUUUGAUGAAAUAGAACUACUUAUAUAAAAUUAACAUAAAAAUGAAUAAAAUUAAGAAAUUUUAAAGGAAAUUAAAUAAAUUAAUCAAUCUUGGAUUACUAAAACUACUCAAAAAAUUUUAAACUUUAAUUCAAAUUACAAAUUGCUCAUAACAGAACUAAAAAAAUAAUUGUAGAUUCUUAUUCAUAACUAAGUUAAAGAAGAAACUUAAGAGAUUAAAUAAUUAAUCGAUGAUCCAGUUAAUCUUAAAUUAAUUAAUAAUAAAUCCUAUUAAUAUGAUGAUUGCUUUGCAAUUUCAUUCAAUAAUAUUGGAAAUCUUAUGAUUUCUGGAAGUGGAAAAGAUAUUAAAGUUUGGGACUUUUAAAAUGAUAAAAUUAAAGAAGUUUUGAAAUUGAAAGGACAUACUGAUACAAUUAGAUGUCUUACAUUCGCUAAUUCGAAUAAUAGUUUCAUUUCUGGUUCUGGAGAUUUUUCUAUUAGAUGUUGGAAACAACUUAAUUUUAAAUAAUGGAAAUCAUCUUAACCAUAUUAAGAUCAUACUGAUUAAAUUGAAUGUAUUUUAUUAAGUAAAGAUGAGAGGUAAUUAAUUUCAAGUAGUUAAGAUAAAUCAAUUAAAAUUUGGAAUUUCGAUAUUAAUAAUAAUGAACUCAAAUUAUAGUAAUCAUUAAAUGAAAGUAAAUGUUGUUUAAAUAGUAUAACAUUGAAUUUUUCUGAAACUAGUUUAGUUGCUUGUGGGGAUGAUAAAUAAAUUUUAAUAUGGUUAAAGAACAAGUCUAAUUAAUGGGAAUAUUUAAAUGUUGUUACACAAUCUUAGGAUGAAUAUGGAACAAAAGUAUGUUUCUUAAAGGACAAUUUAUUUAUUUGGGUGAGUGGUGAUAUAUCAAAGAAAAAUUGUGUAAGAAUCUUUGAACUAUAAGAGGGAACCUUUAUAGAAAAUACAACUAAAACAAUAGAAUUAGAAAAUGAUGAAGAAGAAGUAUUUGAUUUGAAUCUGUUUCCCAUAUUAUACAAUAUAGAGUAAAACUUAAUUCUUAUUCGACAUAAAUUGUAUAUAUAUCUUUUAAGGGAAUAAAGGGACGGUAAGUAUAAAAUAGUUAAUAAAUUGAAGUAACCAAGUAAUUCAAUUUAGGGUUCAAUGACAAAAGAUUCUAAAUAUUUAGCUUUUUGGGAAUCUAGCUUAAAAACAUAUUCGAUUUAUGAAAUAGAAACGAAAUGA